AUGAAGUUCUCCAUCGCCACUGCUCUUCUCGCCGCCACGGCUUCUGCCCUUCCCGCCGGCCAGGACACCGGCCUUGAAGCCCGCCAACUUCUCACCGGCGGCCUCAGUCGCGAUGAUCUCAAGCGUGGCAGCUCGGGAAGCUGCCCCAAGGUCAUUUUCGUCUUUGCUCGCGGUUCCACUGAAGUCGGCAACCUGGGUACUCUGGGUCCUCUCGUUGGUAACAAGCUCGAGGCAAAGUAUGGCAAGGGCGGAGUUUGGGUUCAGGGUGUCGGCGGCGCUUACACUGCCGGUCUCCCCCAGAACGCUCUUCCCCGUGGAACUACCCCUGCUUCUAUCAAGGAGAUGGUCGGUCACUUCAACGAUGCUGCUCAGAAGUGUCCCGACGCUGUCAUCCUAGCCGGAGGAUACAGUCAGGGAGCUGCUCUCGCUGCUGCUUCCGUGACUGAUGCCGACGAGUCUGUUCGUAACAAGAUCGCUGGUACCGUUCUCUUCGGCUACACCAAGAACCUCCAGAACAAGGGACAGAUCCCUUCAUACCCCGCGGACCGCACCAAGGUCUUCUGCAACACUGGUGACUUAGUCUGCACUGGUACUCUCAUCAUCGCUGCUCCUCACUUGACCUAUCAGAGCAAGGCUUCUCGCGACGCCCCUGAGUUCCUUAUCCAGAGGGCUGACGCUGCUAUGAGCGCUGGUGGUUCCACUGGAGGUUCUACCGGCGGUUCUACUGGAGGCUCUACUGGUUCUGACUCUUCCACUGGCGGUGGUCUCGGAAGCGGACUUGGUAGCGGACUUGGCAGUGGUCUCGGUGGUGGCUUCGGCAGCCUGUUCGGCCGCGCCCGUACCCUUUUCAGCCGAUAA